GUGAGUUAGUAGCGGCAUCAGAGCAGCAGCAGCAGCAGCAGCAGCGCAGAGCACCUUCACCGCACUCUGCGUUUAAUGAAUUACCAAGAGCACAGAAUGCAGCCAUAAAUCAGCCUCGAUUUUACUUUUCACUCGCCCAGAAGAGCCACAGGCUGGUCCAGCCCUCUGACACGGAGGUUUAUCGCUUCAGCAGCAGAUCCGCGCUUUACUCCUCUCAGCGCAGCAAUGAUAUCGCAGGGAUGGGUCAUUUUCGUUGUGCUGGUCAAGUGCGUUUUCUCAGUACCUGUGUCCACCACUCACAUGGAUAAUGAGGAUGUCCAGGUGAUGAAAUGCAUAGUGGAGGUUCUCACUGAUGCCCUGUCCAAACCACACUCCAUCCCAGUAUCUCAACAAUGCCUGCAAACCCUCAGAACUGAUGACAGGCUUGUAACUGUGCUGCGCCACCGCAACUUCCUCCAGGAGUUGCAGGACAUUGCUGUGGAAGGAGCCAAUGAGAAGAGAAUAAAGGAUGGUGUUGAUUAUAUAAGUAACCACUCUGAAGACUCGAAGUCCACUACAGAUCGGUCAAUGCUUGUUGCCAUGGAGAGACCAGGAGAGGAAAGGGAGGAGAAGAGAAGUGAAGAGGAGGAGCAUGACAGAGAUAGCGAAGAGAGAGAGCAGAAGGCUCAGGAGCACAAUGAAAUCUCCAGCCAGGAGAGGAGGAACGAGGGUGAGGAGGAUUCAGAUGCCAUGAAUGAGGACCAGGAACACAAACGAGCCCUGAUGAAGAAAGGAACAAAGAAGGAUGAAGAGGAGAAGCGUUCCAGCUUAGAAGAGGAGGAAGCAGAUGAGACAGCGGGAGAAGGAGAGCAUUCUGAGGUGAAGAAAUCUGCAGAGGAGGAGAGCCAAGAGGAGCAGGAGACGGUGGAGAAAAGGAGAGAAGGUCCAUGGCAGCUAGAGGGGGAAGAGAAAGCCAAAGCUGAAGUGAAGCGCUGGAGCCGCACCAGGCAACUGGCCCACAGACGAGCAGAGAUGGGUGCUUAUGACCAGCAGGAGGCUCCACACCACUCAAAAGAGGUGCCGGGGCAGGGUGAAGGGGAAGUGUGGAAGAGUCCUGAGGAGCAGGAGCUUCAAAUGAUGGCAAGGAGAGACCCAGAGGACAGGAGGGAGGAGGAGGGGAGUGCCAGCAAGAAGACAGAGGAUGCUGAGAUCGAGAGUUUGGCUGCAAUAGAGUCUGAGCUGGAGAACGUGGCUCAGAAACUGCACGAGUUGCGCCGCGGUUGAACUAGAGCAAGCAUUUUCCUUACUCACCUCACCGUUCUCCCUCCGGCUCCCCUUCAGGAGGGAGCAUGCUCCGUCCAGAUGAAGCUUUCUUCCCUUUAGUUUAGCCACAGCAGUGCAGACACUUUCCACUUUGGCUUUCACCCCUUUUCCCUUAUGCUUCAGAAACACAAUGCUGCAUAGUGCAACUGUUACAACAAAAGGACGUGAGCCAACUCCCAUUGGCUUUCUACCUAGCACAGGCCCCUGCUUCAGCUUUACACCAGUAUCUUGCUUGCUUAUUGAAGAAACGUGGGUAUCACGUAAAACUAACGCAAAGAAAAUGCUAGAAAAAUAAGUGCUAACAUGAAAGGAUUGAAUUUAUAUACAGAAAAGUACAUAUUCUUUUUAAAGGUACUGCACCUGAUUGAUCCUCAUGCAAUAACGUUUUUAUCGAAUAUGGUGAUUUGAUUGUAAUUAAAUACAAUGUGGGAUUUAUUUAAGAAAAUCAAUAAAUAUGAGAGUUAUCUGUAGUAUGGAAUUGUGCAAGCUAUCACUUCUGUGCUGUGUGAUGGGCUGCGUGUUUGAAUCUAUGCAAACCAGAGGUUAUCCAUGUGACCUCAAAAUGAAAGACAGAAUGGAGUCACAGCCCAACAUUGCAAAAUAUAGCCAUAAGACUGAGGUCAUUCAAUUUUAGUAUUUAUUCUCUGGAUUCCCUGUUUCAUCAUUUACAAGGGACAUAAAAUGCUGACAGUGCAUAACUUGUUUUCCUGUCUUUUAAAAUGUGCCAAAAACAACAUAUACACAAAUACAUACAGUGUGUACAGUAUGUACAAGCAACAGAGUUGAAAGGCACAGAGAAGUCCAACAUACAAAUUCAAUUAUACAACACUGUAAAACUGUCAAUGGAAAUGUAUCAUUGUGGUCUCAUUUACACAUUAAAAAACCCAAAAGAC